AGCUUCCUCAGCGAAGACACCAGGGGACCAGCCAGGAGAGAGACAGAAGCAACUCCAGACCCCCCCGGAAAUAACAUCUCAGACGACACACCCCCAGACAAGCAGCCAGGCGAUUCUCUCCCUCUCACACACGCUGCCUUAGGGCUCUACCAUCACCCAGCUGGACUUGAGCCCCCUGGGAAGAACGCCAUGAGCACUGAAAGCAUGAUCCGGGACGUGGAGCUGGCCGAGGAGGCACUCCCCAAGAAGGCAGGGGGCCCCCAGGGCUCCAGAAGGUGCUUGUGCCUCAGCCUCUUCUCCUUCCUCCUCGUCGCAGGAGCCACCACACUCUUCUGCCUGCUGCACUUUGGAGUGAUCGGCCCCCAGAGGGAAGAGCUCCCACAUGGCCUGCAACUAAUCAACCCUCUGCCCCAGACACUCAGAUCAUCUUCUCGAACUCCGAGUGACAAGCCAGUAGCCCAUGUAGUAGCAAACCCCGAAGCUGAAGGGCAACUCCAGUGGCUGAGCCGGCGUGCCAAUGCCCUCCUGGCCAAUGGCGUGGAGCUGACAGACAACCAGCUGAAGGUGCCCUCAGACGGGCUGUACCUCAUCUACUCCCAGGUCCUCUUCACGGGCCAAGGAUGUCCUUCCACACAUGUGCUCCUCACCCACACCAUCAGCCGCUUUGCCGUUUCCUACCAGACCAAGGUCAACCUCCUCUCUGCCAUCAAGAGCCCUUGCCAGAGGGAGACCCCAGAGGGGGCUGAGGCCAAGCCCUGGUAUGAGCCCAUCUACCUGGGAGGGGUCUUCCAACUGGAGAAGGGUGAUCGACUCAGCGCUGAGAUCAAUCUGCCUGACUAUCUUGACUUUGCCGAGUCUGGGCAAGUCUACUUUGGAAUCAUUGCCCUGUGAGGGGGCCGGACAUCCAUCCUUGCCCACCUCAACUCCUUUGUUAUCUGCUCCUUCUGACCCCCUCAUCCCCUUCUGGCUUAGAAAGAGAAUUAGGGGCUCAGGGCUGGGCCCCAAGCUUAGAACU